AUGGAAUUAGUUUGUAAAUUUAAAAAUUUUAUUGAGUUUGGAAUUGGGGAUAAAUACACGAGUAUUAUUACUUUUUCUUCAAUAACGGAGCCAAAUACAAGCAUUCGGACAAUCAAUGGAAAUCAUUUGGAUGGAAAAAGUGACAAAGAUGUAGAAGCUAUUCGUUUUGAGAAUAUAACAGUCAAUUACUUCCCUCAAGGUCUGAACAAAAUUUUUCCUAAUUUAAAAGCUGUUAUCAUUCAUAAAUGUGGAUUGAAAUCAAUAACGCAAAGAGAUUUGGUUGGAUUAGAAAGUAUUGAGAGACUAUCGUGUGAAAACAACAAAAUCACUUCACUUGCAGAUAAUCGGUUCGCAAAUAUGAACAAACUUAUUGAUAUUUCAUUCAAAAACAAUGAUUUGCAUAGCAUGUCUUCGGAACUUCUCAAGCCAUUAUUGAAUAAUGAUUUAGAAUUCGUAGACUUUAGUGGAAAUCGUUCCAUUGAUGCUGUUUAUUGUGACUCAUCUUAUACGCAUAUAUUGAGUAGAAAUAACGUUGAUUCUAUAGCCAAGUUGAUGGCCAUGAUUGAUGAGAAAUGUGAUAAAUCAAUGAAGGAUGAACAGACACAAACAAUCACACAACGGACGGAUUUAAAAACCGAAGGAUUCAAGGAACAUUGGACGACUGGCCGUUUCUCGGACAUCACGAUUGUCACAGACACGGAGUUAUUCAAAGCACAUAAAAUUGUUUUAGCUGUUCAGAGUUCAGUGUUCACUUCAAUUUUUGAAAAUAAGAUGAAAGAUCGACCAUCUGAUGAAAUUCAAAUGAAAAAUAUAAAUCCCGAAGUUGUGAAGAUUUUUUUGAAAUUUCUCUACACAGAUGAGAUCGAAAAAGAAGAAAAUUCAAAUCUGCUGCAACUUUUCUCUCUCGCAGCGAAGUUCAAAGUCGAGAAUUUAAUGAAAAUUGUUGAAGGGAUGAUCACAGAUGAUCUAAACGAUGACAACGCCAUUGAAAUAUUUGAACUUGCGUGUCGUUUCAAUUGUGAUGCAAUGAAAACUUCAGCUUUUAAAUUCAUUCAGUCAAUAUUUGAUGAGCCAUUGAAAGACGAACAGAUGAGCCAACCGGAAGUUGUAAGAGAACUUGUUGAUGCUAAACGAAAAAUCGAUUUAAUAGUGAGCAAAUACAAAAAUCUCCAAAUUAAAUAA